AUGGCAGUCACCGCAGAUGAGAAACCCGCUGUCGUCAGCCUCGCGGAUACCGAGAAGGAACUCGGCUCGAAGGUACCGGAUAAGCUAGCCGGCUUUGAGGACCCGGAUGCUGGAUUAAGUGAAGAGGAGAAGGCUAGAAUUGACCGGAAGCUCCUGUGGAAACUUGACCUGCGUCUUGUCCCAUGGCUGAGUCUGCUCUAUCUCGUUUCUUUUCUCGAUCGUACAAAUAUCGGCAAUGCCAAAAUUGACGGCUUGUCGAAAGAUCUCGGCAUGUCCCCUGAUCAAUACAAUGCGACCCUGACCAUUUUCUUCGUCUCGUACUCCGUCUUCGAGCCGUUGACCAAUAUUUUGCUCAAGCGACUGCGGCCGAGUAUUUUCAUUCCAUCCAUUAUGAUUGCUUGGGGCAUCUGCAUGACCUGCAUGGGUCUGGUCAAAAAUUACUCGGGUCUCAUGGCUGUGCGCUGGUUCCUCGGUCUCAGCGAGGCUGGUCUCUUCCCCGGUGUCGGCUACUUCCUUUCUUGCUGGUACAAGCGUUCCGAGUUCGGUGUGCGCAUGGCUAUCUUUUUCUCUGCUGCUGCGCUGGCCGGAUCCUUUGGUGGUUUGCUCGCCGCUGCCAUUGCAAAGAUGGAUGGUGUCGGUGGCAAGCAAGGUUGGGCCUGGAUCUUCAUUCUGGAGGGUCUGGUUACCAUCGUGAUCGGUUUCAUUUCCUUCUGGUGUGUCUACGACUUUCCUGACCGGGCGACGUUCUUGUCACCCGCGGAUCGUGCGCGAGUGUUGCGUCGGCUUGCAGCCGAUCAGCAGUCUAGUGCAGAACAUGAGGAGUUCAAGAUGUCUUAUUUCUGGGCCAGUGUCAAGGACUGGAAGACUUGGACAGGAGCUAUCAUCUAUAUGGGAGCGGACGGAUCGCUGUAUGCGUUCUCGCUCUUUGUGCCAACCAUUAUCAACGAAUUAGGUACGAAGAAACACAAACCUUCAAUAGUGAACAUUUUAGAAGUAUUCAUGACUAACCGUCCCUUCCGCCAACAGGCUACAGCUCCAUCCGCGCGCAGCUGCUCAGUGUGCCACCAUACGCUGCGGCUGCCAUCUUGA